GCCUUCAUUCAUGAGAGCAAACUCAGAGGUGGAUCCUGCGCUGCUGUUUGAUUUCACUGACAAACUCACUAUUACAUUGGACCAUGCUGCGAGUCAGGUGUCUGAGAGGAGGUAGCAGGGGGGCCGAGGCGGCCCAUCUGAUCGGAGCCAUGCUUGGCCGGGCGGUGACUGGAUGGGUGCAGAGGGCCUUCCAAAGCACUUCAAGUGCAGCGGCUGCACAGACGCAGCAUGUCGUUGAAGAGGAACAUGUUACUGAGCCUGUGCAGCAGGAAUGUCCUGUUUGCAGCUACAAUGAAUGGGACCCUCUUGAGGAGGUGAUCGUGGGUCGUGCUGAAAACGCCUGUGUGCCUCCUUUCACUGUGGAAGUGAAAGCUAACACAUAUGAGAAGUAUUGGCCCUUCUACCAGAAGUAUGGGGGUCAGUCUUUUCCUGAGGACCACUUGAAAAAGGCUGUCGCCGAGAUUGAAGAAAUGUGCAAUAUUCUGCGUCACGAGGGCGUCAGUGUGAAGAGGCCAGAACCCAUCAACUGGUCCCUGGAAUACAAAACUCCAGACUUCACAUCCUCAGGCAUGUAUGCUGCCAUGCCCAGAGACAUCCUUAUGGUUGUGGGAAAUGAGAUUAUUGAGGCUCCUAUGGCCUGGAGGGCUCGUUUCUUUGAGUACCGAGCCUAUAGACCUUUGAUCAAAGAGUACUUCAGAAAAGGUGCUAAAUGGACCACUGCUCCUAAACCCACUAUGGCCGAUGACCUGUAUGAUCAGGACUACCCCAUCCGCACUGUGGAGGACAGACACAAGCUGGCCGCUGAGGGGAAGUUUGUGACCACAGAGCACGAGCCCUGCUUCGAUGCUGCUGAUUUCAUCCGAGCUGGGAGGGAUCUUUUUGUACAGAGGAGUCAGGUUACAAACUACAUGGGAAUUGAGUGGAUGCGUCGUCAUCUUGCCCCAGACUACAAGGUCCACAUAAUCUCAUUCAAGGACCCAAACCCCAUGCACAUUGAUGCCACUUUUAACAUCAUUGGGCCAGGACUUGUGCUGUCAAACCCUGAUCGCCCAUGUCGCCAGAUUGACAUGUUCAAGAAGGCUGGCUGGACUAUUGUGAAACCUCCGACACCUCUGAUUCCUGAUGACCACCCACUGUGGAUGUCCUCCAAAUGGCUGUCCAUGAACGUCCUGAUGUUGGAUGAGAAGCGUGUUAUGGUUGACGCCAGUGAAAGCACUAUUCAGAAAAUGUUUGAGAGUCUCGGUAUCAAGACCAUAAAGGUGAGCAUUCGUCAUGCCAACUCCCUGGGGGGUGGCUUCCACUGCUGGACAACCGAUGUUCGCCGCCGUGGUACCCUGCAAUCCUACUUCCACUAGCCUUGCCAGAAAUAGGCAGUUUUUAUUGAGCUUUGGAUAUUAAAGACUCAGUCCCAAAUCUUAAUACCACUGUAAUUGUUAAAUUUUAAUUGUGAAUUAAUCAUUUAUGUACACACAGGUUAAUGAAGGGCGGAGCUUUGUGAUACAAAAAUCUACUGUUUCAAUCUCAAAAAGUAUACACAUUUGAAAUAUGUGUAUGUUUAAAAUGGGCGUCACCUGCAGCAAGUCAAACCUGUGAAACGUAUUGUAUACUAACCUGUGUGAAACAAACUAAUAAUGGGGCAAUCUUAACAUGACAGGUGGCACCAAAGUCUUUUUUCUAGAUUGCAUCUUUAUGUCCUAAUUUUACAUGUAUGAAUUGUCUUGAUUUGACAUUGCUGUGCAUCACAGAGCCUUUGCAAACAGUUCUGCAAACAGUUCUAUACAGUAUAUAUACACGAUGAACAUUACUUUACAUUACUUUACUUGAAUCAGUAAUCUCAAUAUUAACUGCAUUUCUGGCCUGGCUUUUGCGAAGCUUAAUUGUUUAUGGCUUAUACAUCAAAAGUCAUAACUUUGAGGACAAGGUACAAUUUGGUAUGUGAGAGUCAUCAAACAAGGACACAGGAGGAGAGAAGCUACCUCCCCAUGAAAAGUCAAAAACCAUCAUGUUAUCUUUUUCCAAAGUAUUUUUUAUUUAAAGAAAUGUAUAAGUUGUUACGUUGUUGAACAUACGUGCUUAUAUGUAGUCUUCCAUUCUAUUUAUAUUUUUCAUACUCUUUAUUGGAUUUCCCAACAAUUAGUUUUUUUUAUAUAUUUACAUAAAAAGUAUGCAGUCCAUAUCAGAUAUUGUAUACCUUUUGCCUCGGCUGAUUUCUCCUAUUGCAAAUCUGGGCCAGUUAUAUGCUACCAGUCAUUCUCAGUGCUUGGCUGCUUUUGUGUGUUUUGUUGUGAAGUGUUGUUGUAAUGUUUUAUGAUUCCUUUGCUGCCUAUACAGUUAGAUAUAAGAUGUUUUCCCUGUUCAAGUCUGCCAUGAUAUUUCUUUGGAAACAAUCAGUUCAAGCUAUUCAAGUUAUGGCUCAACAGAGCAAUGCAAGUGAUGGUUUGUAUUAUGCAGCCUUAUUAAAUGUAAUUAAAAAGAGCUGUAUGUGA